AUGGCGACCGGAAAGAAUGAAGAAGAAGUCCCUGCCGAAGUGCGCAAACUCUCGAUACAUGCUGAACAUGCGGACGAAAUCGUGGAGGCGGUGGCAGUCGAGCACACGCUCUCUUUCUGGGAAGCCGUCAAGCUCUACCCCAAAGCUAUCGGAUGGUCGAUGUACUUCAGUAUGGGAGUAAUAAUGCUCUCAUUUGAUCCACAACUUCUAGGCAACCUCUACGCUAUGCCCGCCUUCCAGCGCGACUUCGGCUACCUCUUCAACGACUCCUACAUAAUCUCCGCGGCAUGGCAAACCGGUCUCUCUAUGGGGAACCCCAUCGGCCAAGUCGUCGGCGCCCUCGCAGCUGGGUACCCCAUGGAAUGGUACGGGCGCAAAAAGACGUUCAAUGCGUGCGUCGUGCUUGUCGCGGGGCUUGUGUUCAUCCAGUUCUUUGCGAGGUCACUCAGAACCCUGUUGGCAGGAGAGCUCCUAGGCGGGCUAGUGUUAGGCGCGUUUGUAGUUAUUGCGCCCAGCUAUGCGAGUGAGGUCACGCCUCUGGCGAUGCGCAGCGUGUCGACGAGCUACGUGAAUUUGUGCUUUGUCACAGGGCAGUUACUGGGGAAUGGUGUUACGGCUGCAACGAAAGAUUUGCACAGCCACUGGGCGUACUCGAUUCCCUUCGCGCUGCAGUGGUUCUGGAUCUUGCUCAUCAUCCCAGGGAUGUUCUUCGCGCCGGAAUCACCCUGGUGGCUCGCACGACAAGGCCGCUUCAACGAAGCGGAAAUAUCGCUCCGACGUCUAUCUAGCAGGGGCGUGAACGUCAAGGCUGUACUCGCUCAACUCAUCGAAACAGAUAGACUCGAAACGCAGAUGGAGGCCGGAUCCACCUACACCGACGUCUUCCGCGCCGUGAACUGGCGCAGGACGGAAAUCGCCAUCGGCGUGUACGCCACACAAGUCCUCUGUGGAAUUUACCUUAUCAAUUACGGCACCUACUUCUUCAGUCUUGCAGGGCUGAACACCGAGCAAGCAUACGAUAUGGGUGUCGGAUUCAUGGCUGUGGGAUGGGUCAGCACUAUAUUCAGCUGGUAUCUAAUGCAGAAAUUUGGAAGGAGAAUGCUGUAUAACACGGGUCUGACGAUUCUAAUGAUUGUUAUGUUUUUAGUAGGGAUUCUGGAUGUGGUGCCGACGAAAGGCGCAGUCUGGACGCAGAGUACGCUACUCCUCGUGUGGAACUUUACGUUUGAUUGGAGCGUCGGACCCGUAGCGUACGCCAUCUUCUGUGAAGUCUCGGCGACUCGUGUACGGUCUAAGACGAUUGCUGUUGCGACUGCCAUUCAGGCUUUGGUCGGAAUUAUCAUGAGUGUCGCGAUUCCGUAUCUUAUCAAUCCCGACCAGGCGGCGCUGAGGGGGAAGCUUGGGUUCAUUUUCGGGGGCUUGAGUGUACCGUGUCUCAUAUGGUGCUGGUAUAGGGUGCCGGAGAUGAAGGGGAGGACGUACGAGGAGCUGGAUAUCAUGUUCGAGCGGGGCGUAAAGACGAGGGAGUUCAAGACGUAUGUGAUCCAAUAA